UUUGAUCAAAAUAGAUCAUGUGGACAAUGAGACAAUUAAUUGGUUUUCAUUGAGAGAAAUAACGCGAGAAAUAUCGGGUGUUUUUUAUUGUUAAUGUGGUGAGCAGUUUUAUUUGUUUUGAGGGGUUGGUACACCUGUUAGUUUCAAAGCCAAAUUCCUCAGAUUGGAACAACAGUUCGUGACUUAAAACGUGCCAUCCAACGCAACUUCACCCUUCGCCAGCAGCGUCUUCGCAGCAAAACGAAAAUAUCCUGGCGUUACAUUUGGCGCACUUACGACCUCCUCCAUUGGGGCAAACCAAUGCUGAAAGACGGCGAACUGGUCAGCAAUUACGGCGUUGUCAAUAAAUCUGAAAUUCGAUUCGCGAAAAAACUACGCGGUAAAGUCGAGACAUGUUAACUUGGAAUGGUUGCGUUGGAACAAAUCAUUUUCGGACAGUUGUUGGUCUUGAUCGUAAAUGCAAGAUAUCCAUGGUUGGAGCAAGUGAUAAGACAGGAACAAUUGACAGCGGGGUGUGAUAGACUACGAGUGAGGAAAAGUCUCAAUUGGUUGCAAUUGGAUCACGUGUUGGUUGAUCACAAACACCGGUUGUUGUACUGUUAUGUGCCAAAGGUGGCGUGCACGAACUGGAAGCGGAUUUUGAUGGUUUUGACAGGCGUGACCUCGGCCACGAACGUGGUGGACAUCCCUGGAUCGGUGGCACAUGCGGAGAAUUCUACCUUGAAGUUGUCUCAGCUUCGAAAUGACAGUAUUGCCAACUGUGUCAACACUUACACGACGUUUAUUAUGGUGCGGCACCCGUUUGAGCGCCUCCUAUCGGCCUAUCGCAACAAAUUUGAAACAACAUAUACUCAGUAUUUUCGGGUGCGUUAUGGCAAAGACAUAAUACGUAAGUACCGCAAAAACGCCACAAAGACAGAUCUGGAGACGGGGCGCAAUGUUUCGUUCCGUGAGUUCGUGUUGUAUAUUUUGGACGGGGGGGCUGCAGCUAACGAACAUUGGGCCCCCAUCUAUGACCUGUGUCAGCCUUGCUCUCUGAACUAUACGUUUAUCGGGCGCUACGAGACACUCGGGGAGGAUUCUAGGGCUCUUCUCGAUAUGAUCGGGGCGCCGUCUUUGACGUUUCCGUACACGAAACCGUCAAAUACGGCGUAUAAGUUGAAACGAUAUUUCCAGCAACUGUCAAUGAGUGAUAUUCAACGUUUGUAUAAGCAAUACGAGUAUGAUUUUAAAUUGUUUGGGUAUAAUUUAGAAGACUUGUUAGGUUUUGAUUUACCUUAAUUUAUUUCCGAUAAGAAUUUGUACAAAUAGAAAUAUAGGUAGACAAAUAAAACAUUUAAAAAAAAUUGUUACGCAACGAAUGAUCACAAUAAAUGCCACAACGGUUACUACUCCAUGA